CUCACGGCAUUCAUGAGGUCUUUCACCAGUGUGUGUAAGGGUGUGUCUGUUGAGGUGACUCUUAACAAUGAACUUUUUGCCACACUCAUGGCAUUUAUGAGAUCCUUCGCCAGUGUGUGUAAGGGUGUGUCUGUUGAGGUGACUCAUCUUUUUGAACUUCUUGCCACACCCAUGACAUUCAUGAGGUCUUUCAACAGUGUGUGUAAUGGUGUGUCUGUUAAGGUUACUGUUAUCACUGAACUUUUUGCCACAAACAUGGCAUUCAUGAGGUCUUUCACCAGUGUGUGUAAGGGUGUGUAUGUUGAGGGAACUCUUAACUUUGAACUUUUUGCCACACUCAAGGCAUUCAUGAGGUCUUUCACCAGUGUGUUUAAGGGUGUGUAUGUUGAGGGCACUCUUAGCACUGAACUUUUUGCCACACUCAUGGCAUUCAUGAGGUCUUUCACAAGUGUGUGUAAGGGUGUGUGUGUUGAGGGCACUUUUAAUAUUGAACUUUUUGCCACACACAUGGCAUUUAUGAGGUCUUUCACCAGUGUGUGUAAGGGUGUGUGUGUUGAGGUGACUCUUCUGAGUGAACUUUUUGCCACACUCAUGGCAUUCAUGAGGUUUUUCACCAGUGUGUAUAAGGGUGUGUGUGUUGAGUUCACACUUCUGGAUGAACUUUUUACCACACUCAUGACACUCAUGAGGUCUUUCACCAGUGUGUAUAAGGGUGUGUGUGUUGAGGUGACUCUUUUUAAUGAACUUUUUGCCACACUCAUGGCAUUCAUGAGGUCUUUCACCAGUGUGUGUAAGGGUGUGUGUGUUAAGGGCACUCUUAAAAAUGAACUUUUUGCCACACACAUGGCAUUUAUGAGGUCUUUCACUAGUGUGUGUAAAGGUGUGUGUGUUGAGGUGACUCUUCUUACUGAACUUUCUGCCACACUCACAGCAUUCAUGAGGUCUUCCUCCAGAGUGUGUGGGUGUACUUGGUGA